GGGUAUAUCUUAGGCCUGUACGGCGAGCGCUGUCUUUUCGCUACCCUCGGAAGGCGGACGGCCUUUGGUCCCGCGCCGUGUUCCAUCUGCUUCCAUCCGCCUCCAUCCGCUUCUCUCUGCCUCUGUCCCCGCCGCCCCGCUCCAUCCCCGCCAUCCGCCGCCGCGAUGCCGCCCAAGUUCGAUCCCAACGAGAUCAAAGUCGUUUACCUGCGCUGCACCGGCGGCGAGGUCGGAGCCACGUCCGCGCUGGCCCCCAAGAUCGGACCCCUGGGGCUGUCCCCCAAAAAGGUGGGUGAUGACAUCGCCAAGGCCACGGGCGACUGGAAGGGGCUGCGGAUCACAGUGAAGCUGACGAUCCAGAACAGGCAAGCGCAGAUAGAGGUUGUUCCUUCUGCCUCGGCUCUGAUUAUCAAAGCUCUGAAGGAGCCACCUCGUGACAGGAAGAAGCAGAAGAACAUUAAGCACAGUGGCAGCGUCACCUUUGAGGAGAUCGUGAACAUCGCACGGCAGAUGCGGCACCGCUCCCUGGCCCGGGAGCUCUCAGGGACCAUCAAGGAGAUCCUUGGCACUGCCCAGUCUGUGGGCUGCAGCAUUGAUGGGAGACACCCCCACGACAUCAUCGAUGACAUCAACAGUGGUGCCAUUGAGUGCCCAGCUAGUUAAGACUGCAGAAAAGGAAGUUGCCAGAUGGAGGCUCCUUCAGUUUUUUGUAGCACUUUAAAUACCUAAAUAAAGACCCAGUUGUCUGCAAGCA